AUGUCUGAGCCGAUCCGCAAUAAGAAGCUCGAGAACAUGACCGCGCCUACGCCUCAGAACACUCCUCUGAACGCCGCACCGAUCUCGUCGCACGCACAGCAGCCUGGCAUUGAUAGCAUCAAGGAGGAGGACUUGGAGCGUCAAGCUGCUGGACUGUUCGCCGCGAACCCCGCGCUCGCUUCACUUAUGCAGGCAAAGCUCGGCUCCCUCGUUGGUCGAUCAAGUGGCUACAUUGAGUCCCUCCCUGGAUCCGUGCGCCGACGUGUUGCCGGCUUGAAGGGCAUCCAGAAGGAACAUUCUAAGCUUGAGGCCGAGUUCCAGGAGGAGGUCCUGCAGCUGGAGAAGAAGUACUUCGCCAAGUUCACACCGUUGUACAAGUCCCGUGCAAGCAUCAUCAACGGCCAGACCGAGCCCACCGAGGAGCAGGUCACAGUCGGCGAGAAGAAGGAUGACGAUGACGAGGAGGACGAUGUACCUGAGGAGGAGGUCAACAAGGACGAGGGCAAGGACGUCAAGGGUAUUCCAGAGUUCUGGCUGAGCGCGAUGAAGAACCAGAUCUCGCUUGCUGAAAUGAUCACCGACCGUGAUGAGGGUGCGCUCAAGCACCUUACCGACAUUCGCAUGGAGUACCUUGACCGCCCAGGUUUCCGCCUCAUUUUCGAGUUUGAGGAGAACGAGUACUUCACCAACAAGACUGUCACCAAGACCUACUUCUACCAGGAGGAGAACGGCUAUGGCGGAGACUUUAUCUACGACCACGCCGAGGGCGACAAGAUCGACUGGAAGGCCGGCAAGGACCUCACCGUCCGGGUCGAGAGCAAGAAGCAACGCAACAAGAACACAAAGCAGACUCGUGUGGUCAAGAAGACCGUACCAACAGAAUCAUUCUUCAACUUCUUCGACCCGCCCAAGCCCCCGCAGGAUGAGGAGUCCGCUUCCUCUGACAUCGAGGAGCGCCUUGAGCUUGACUACCAGCUCGGUGAGGACAUUAAGGAGAAGCUCAUCCCCCGUGCCAUCGACUGGUUCACCGGCGAGGCUCUUCAGUACGAGAACCUUGAGGACUUCGACGAGGGCGAAUUUGAGGAUGAAGAUGAUGAAGAUGAGGACGAUAUCAGCGAUCGGGACGAGGAUGACGAGUCAGAUGAAGAGGACGACGGCACAAAACCUAAGCAGGAGGCCGCCGAGUGCAAGCAGAGUUAA